AGGUCUCCUGACGCUGCGCUAUGCCGGCAGCUGCAGCGGCCCAAAGCACCGAGGCUGACGCGGCGACGCUCACCCUUGGCGAAGAUUUCCAAGACGGGCGGUGCCUUCUCAACUCGGAGGUGGCCCUCAUCCUUGAGCACAAGCUGCAGGCGUCCAACGCCAAAGGGCAGACGCCCGGAACCAACUUUGUCAAGGCGUUCGAGUACGUCAACCGGGUCAAGCAGUUUAGGACCAAGGAGGUCAUGGCGCGCGUGCGAACCGAGCUGGAGAAGCAGCCCAUCGCCGAGUUUGAGGUGGCGCAACUCGGGAACCUCUGCCCCGAGGACGCAGACGAGGCCAAGGCCCUCAUUGCCUCACUCGCGCUGCCAACGCUCGAAGGGAUGGCGCGAGAUAUCGACUCGGCGCAGCUGACCGAGGUGCUGCAGGGCAUCUGCGACUGCAGACAGUUCGACUGAUCACCGGAAGCAUGGCGGGCAGCAGCAGCGCGCGGGCAUGAACGUUGAUACAUUCGGCAUCAGGGUGCUU